AUGAUGAACAUCAGAAUCGACAAGUUCCAGCGCGUCAUACAAUACUUCUGGGACCCGCCUGUCAAGAAUGACGAGCCCAAGAGCUCUAUCUGGUGUUUGGGUGUCGAAUACUCCUUUAAGCCGAGCGAACUCGACGUCAAAUCUUCCGACGAAUAUGAUACCGUAAAUGCAUCCUCCACAGACUCUGUCCCAGUGCUCCUGACCACACCAUCCUCAACAUCUGCCGACGCCAUCACACAACAUGAAUCCGACUCGGACUCCUCGGAAGCUGCUGUUGAAGUCCAAAAAGAUACAUCGACACAAAUGGAUGAUGAUGGAUGGCCUCAUGCAUUUUUAGAUGAUUUUGAUGCCAAGUUUUGGAUGACUUAUCGAAGCGCCUUCCCCCCAAUUCCGUUAUCCACAACCAGCCGGAAUAUGACACUUGCGACUCGGAUCCGAAGCCUAGCCGAUCAAGAAGGCUUUACUUCAGAUACAGGGUGGGGCUGUAUGAUAAGGUCGGGCCAAUGUGUUCUCGCGAAUGCCAUAUCCCUUCUUAAACUCGGACGAGAUUGGCGUCGUGGAAAAUCUCCCCAAGAGGAACAGCAUAUCCUGUCUUUGUUCGCCGAUGAUCCACGAGCACCAUUCUCCCUACAUAACUUUGUCAAAUAUGGAGAAGCAUCUUGUGGGGUUUAUCCCGGGGAAUGGUUCGGGCCAUCCGCAACGGCACGAUGUAUACAGGCAUUGGCUGCACAACACGAUGAAGGUUUACAAGUCUACAUAACUGGUGACGGAGGAGAUGUCUACGAGGAUGCCUUCCGGAAAAUUGCAAUAUCAGACGAUGGAGUAUUCCACCCCACCCUUGUUCUCGUGGGUAUAAGGUUAGGGAUCGAAAGAGUGACACCCGUGUAUUGGGAGGCCCUUAAGUCAUCCCUCAUGAUGCCACAGUCAGUCGGGAUCGCUGGAGGACGGCCGUCAGCAUCACACUAUUUUAUUGGGGUCCAAGGGCAAUCGCUCUUCUACCUAGAUCCUCACAAUACUCGGCCACUACUCCCCUAUCGAAAGGACUCAGACUAUACUGCUGAAGAGAUCGAGUUUUGCCAUACUAGAAAACUUCGGAGGCUUCAUUUGAGAGAAAUGGACCCUAGUAUGCUCCUGGCCUUCCUAAUCAGGGAUGAUCGGGAUUGGCAGGCCUGGAAACAGGGUGUUAAGGAAGUGCAUGGAAAACGCGUCGUUCACGUAUCGGACACAACGCCAGGCUUAGGAAACCCCCCAGGAAUGAGAGAAGACGCUAUCGAUGAUGUGGAAACUUUUGAUGACGAUUCUGAUGCUGAGGACGAGGAACUAAGAACCUCGUAG